CAUUCGACAAGCAGUCUCUGCAGGUGAGCUGCACUCAGCCUUCGGGGACACAAGUCUGAACCUGCGCUGAACUUUUGACCACAUUGGGAAGCACACUGUGAACUCCAUCCCGGCAAAUUCCGGCAAACACCGACCCGCGAACGCCGCCCUAGACACGAUCACGUGUCUGCGUUCUCCGCGACCGUGACCGAGGCGACGGCUGGCGACGGAUGUGACUGCAGCUGGAAACCUAUUCACUCUCAACUGAGAUCAGCAUGGGCGACGCCGACUCAGUAAUUGAACUCUCCUCCUCGCCAGAGCCUCCUGCACUGGCAUGGAGGCCACCGACAAGCAAGAACCUCUCGGGGCGUUCUUUCCACUUUGGCGGCGUAUGGGCGGCCAUGUCUAUGGAUCAGGCAAAAGAGUUAUGUCGUGCCAACGGCGGAACUAUAUCGGUGCCGCCCGGGAAACCAUCCUAUGUCGUCGUCGGGGCGCGCAGCCCGCCUAGCACGUUCGAAAACGCAAAGAGGAUGGGCAAGCAAGUGCUGACGGAGACCCAGUUCAUAGCCAUGGCUCUUCGGGAACCCCUGGGAACAAGUCAAUCUUCUGCGCAGGCAGGUGAGAAACGCCCCGCAGAGGCAGAGGCAGGGCCUUCAAAGUCAGCGAAGAAACGCAAGUCCGAUGUUGGUUACCCUGCCGCGCCCGACUUUCCUCGCAUCUGCAAUUUCUUGUAUGGCGGGGAGAUUCGUCUGGAAAAGAAGAAAUUGUCUGCAUAUGACUGUGGUGGGGGUGUCUUCCAGCAAAAACGCGGAAAGAAUCCGGUAGACCUACUCCAAAAGUUCGAAGACUGGCUGCCGGAGGACGGAGGGGAGUACCACCACAAGAUAGUCUCUUUCUACUGAACCAUAAACGUCUCAAACCUUGCGGCAGAGAGAGUGGACAUGCUUCAGCUCAAGCGAUAUAUGUAACGGUCUUGAUUAACACCCGUCCACUGUUGAUUGUUCGUACGUAUCUAUCAAGCAGACUUAUUCACCCAGAUGGGAGG